GAUCACCUCAUUGCACUGACCACGCGUCUAUCCGUAUGGACAAAAAGUUACACACCGGUUGCGCGUAAAAAACUUAAAAACUAAAACUCAGUUUGACAGUUCUAUCUGUGUUGUGCGGUCAUGGCGCGAGUGUUGAUUUUUUUGUGUGUUUGUCUGUGUUACCAAUUAGUGGACUGCCAAUUUGGCUUCUUCAAUGCACGAGAUCAGCGAAGACAAUCUCCAUUUGGAUUCGCAGCAAACUUCAUACCGAAUACUGCUAACAGAUUUAGAGACACCCUAAGCGGCAUACUCCAUCUUCAGCCACAAACUCCUGCUGAUAACCCAGAAUACGUUUAUCCUUACCAAAAUCAAAAUCGACCGAACCAAUAUGAUCAAUAUUACAACCAACCAAGUAACGUGAGAUUUCCAAAUCAAGGAAACCGACGUCCAGAUGGAUACUACAAUAAUGGACAGAACCAAGAGUUCAAUCAAAGACCAGUCGAAAAUGUCGACCAGCAAACUGGCUACGGAUUUGAAAACGGUGCUAACAAUAACAACCAAUAUGCUCCUAAUUUUAAUAACGAAGGUAAUGCACCUAAUUUCGAUAAUGGAUUUAACAGUGGCCAACAGAAUGGUCCUGCGUUUGGGCAAAAUACAGAAGCACCAAAUGUUGGCAAUGAAGAAAAUGGAGGUAUUGUCAGUGGGCAACAAGAUGGUCCAGCUUUUGGGCAAAACGAUGGAUCUAAUCCAACAAUUGUAAGUGGACAACAGGAUGGCCCUGUGUUUGGGCAAAGCACAGAAGCACCAAAUUUUGGCAGUGAAGCUAAUAAUAAUGGGUUUGUCAGUGGGCAACAGGAUGGUCCAGCGAUUGGUCAAAAUACAGGAUCUAAUGAUAAUAAUGGACAGUUUAUAAGCGGACAACAGGACGGCCCUGCUUUUGGGCAAAAUGAUGGAGGUAAUGGAUUAGUCAUCGGCCAACAGAAUGGACCAGCGUUUGGGCAAAACACUUAUACUGAAGCUCCAACAUUUGCUAGUGACAACGACGUUCCAGACCAAUCGAACACGGAAAACAGGUUCAACUUUGGAGACAACUCUGCAGGGACAGGAGUAUUCCAGGAGACAUGUCCGACCAUAGACAAAGGGCUGGGCACGUGUCGUAACAUCAAGACGUGUCCGCCGUACGUCAAGCUGUUGGAAGAGGCGCGGUCCAACUCUGCAGCGGUGCAGGUGCUGAGGAAAGCCCAUUGUGGCUUCGAUGGGAAUACCCCCAAGGUAUGCUGUCCCAGUCAAUCUGUGCCAGUGGUGACCCCACCUCCAACACCUGCCCUCACACCUGCCCCCACUCCUGUUCCAACACCUGCCCCCACACCUGGCACAGACACCGCGUCGGGCAAGUCGUUGACCUCUGACUUCGUGGAUGCGUUCCCCGUGCCCCCAGUGUGCGGAUUCAGCAAUGGAACCUUCAGCAGAGUGGUCGGCGGAGUCAACGCCAAGCUUGGUGAUUUCCCAUGGAUGGCACUGCUGGGUUACAAGGGCAAGAGGAGUCCGACCACCAGCUGGCUCUGCGGCGGAUCCCUCAUCACUCGGCACCACGCUCUCACAGCGGCUCACUGCAUACACAACCACGAGGACGAUCUGUACGUAGUACGUGUAGGCGAGCUGGACCUCGCCAGGGAAGACGAGGGGGCGACCCCCCUCGACGUACUCAUUAAAAGCAAGAUCAAGCACGAGGGGUACAACCCCAAGGCUUUCACCAACGACAUCGGUCUGCUGGUGCUGGAGAAAGACGUGGAAUUCACUAAUCUGAUAAGGCCCAUCUGCAUACCAACUGACAUUAAACUUCGCUCCACCACCUUCGAGGAUUACAACCCAUUCAUCGCUGGAUGGGGAGAUCUGGAGUUCCGCGGGCCGAAAGCGACGCAUCUCCAAGUGCUGCAACUACCGGUGGUGUCGAACGACUUCUGUCGGCAAGCGUAUACUGCUUACAAGGCGCAAGUCAUCGACGAGAGGGUGCUCUGCGCUGGCUUCAAGCAGGGAGGCAAGGACUCAUGCCAGGGCGACAGCGGGGGACCCUUGAUGCAGCCCAUGUUUAACCCUGAAACGUUGAAGUUCAGCUUCUAUCAGAUCGGCGUGGUGUCAUUCGGGAAGAAAUGCGCUGAGCCAGGUUUCCCCGGCGUGUACUCCCGGGUGACCAGCUUCGUACCCUGGCUGGAGAAGAACGUGCUCGGGCUCUGAUGAUGAUGAUGAACAGAGUCACAAACUAGGACCCCAAUAAAUUGUAUUUAAGGUGGCAUAUUACUAAACCAGAUCGUCUUGGAAUUUUCACGCAUCGUUUGUACUAUAUUAUUUACUAGAGAACGCCAGAGGAUUAUUUUUUGUAUUUUCCUUAUCCUAUCUUGAUGAAAAUAACUUAUAGGUAUGUUGCUCUCGAGUCUACUUAAUUUAUCUAUCUUUGGAAACCACAUGAAAAUCUAUUGAAUAGUUCUGAAAAGCAAGCGCGGACCGAUAGAAAGAUAUAAUAAAGAUCAGAAAUUGUUUGUUUUUUGUUUUCUGCUGUUCUUCCGAGGUAUAAAGCAUUAAAUAUAAAUUAUAAAAUAUUUCACUCGCUUAAAUUCCGUUCCUGUGGGAAUAACGUGAUAAAGUAUAGACUGAUAGUCGCUGGUAAUGUAGCUUUUAAUUAAUAAAACGAAUUUUUACAUUUUUAAAUUGUUUCCGAAAUAAACAAACAAAAAAAUCUUUCCUCUUUAUAAUAUUACUGUCGAGUAGAUAGUUAUAAUAUGUACGUAUGUUAAACACCUAUAAUAUAUUGACGGGUACAGCACAGUUGCAAAAUCCAAGAAGCUUUGCCAGCUUUCUUGGAUAAUGUUAUUAAAAAACGGCUUAACCAAAUGCCACCUUAAUUAGUGAUAAAACAAACUCAUUAGCUCUAAGAUUAGAUAUAAUCGAUAAUGACAAUUUUUAUAAUAAUUACGUAAAUAAAUAAGUCUAUCAUAAAUUUAUUAAAACAAUCCUAUUUGCAAAAUUUCGCAUUUUGCAAAUGAAGUUUUAUUUGCAAAUAACCGAUUUUAUGUAAAGCAUUUUUAUGAUGCUAGCGAAUUGCUCAGUAAUCAUAGAUAAAGAGAAUUAUUUAUUGAGUUGUUUCAAAUCUAGACUUGUUAUUUUUAUACUAAUCAUUCCGUCCAAUACAAACUCGUAUUUAUUCAGACUUUUAUUCAAAUUAUAAAAUGUAAUUCUUAUUGUUAUUGGAAUAUAUUUUUUUAGUUUUUAUUUAUCUAAGGAAUUGGUGUAUGUUUUUAUUUGCACAAAUCUCCAAAAAUUAUAUUUUUACUUAUGUGCUUUGCUAUUUUCCGCAAAAGACCUGACAAAUCUACGAAACUUCACAAAUCUGACAAAAUAUAAUUAUAGCCUAACCUGAAAUAUAAAAA